AUGGCCGUGACGACGCCGGUAUGCAAGUCUACCUACUUCAUGUCUAUCCGUAAAACCACUUCGUGUACAUACAUACAAACAUACAUAAAUAUUACCACGACUACUACUAUUACUGCAACUACUGCUACUACUAUUACUACUACUACCGACACACUGUCUCUCAGGCAGACUUUUUUCUCGCGCUGCACGACGCUCCUCAUCCGGCAAAGCGCCGUUGCCGCCCAGCCGCUACACCAAUGA